GAGCCGGCAGGGGCAGUCGGCAGGGGCAGUUAGUGGACGGAGCAGCGCGGGAGUAGAGCUUAGCAUCUUCGCCGUGGCAUAACUGAAUGGAGCACCGCCUCCCGCGUUCCGACUUGCCAAGAUGAGUUCGAAAUUCGACGGCUUGCUGAUCCAGCUUGGGACCGGCAAGUGGAAUUUGCUCUACUUCAUCGCGUCCUCGUACUGGUGUCUCCUGGUGCCGCCGCAGUUCAUCAACGGGGUGUACGUAGCUCCGCCCAUCCCCUACACAUGCCGCCCACCGCCCGACGUCAACGUUACCUCUGUUUCCGAGAACUCGUGCAAGUACUCAACCAACGGGUCUUCAGGCGUCGAGGAGGAGUUCCCCUGCACCGAGUGGGACUUCGAUACCUCCGUCUUCACCUCCACGCUGACGUCCGAGUUUGACCUGGUGUGCGAGCGGGAACACCUCCAGGCUACUUAUCAGGGGAUCUACAUGCUGGGGACCUUCGUCAGCCCUCUCCUGGGUGGCUACUUGGCAGACAGGUACGGACGUCUAGUGGUUGUGAUCAUAACACAGGUGGUGGUGACAAUAACGUCCGUGGGCAUCGUUUUCCUGUCGAACUUCACUCUUAUCUUGGCUGUUCGCUUCGUCAUGGGCUCCGUUAACCUCCUUACUUUCUUCGUUCUGGCUAUGGAGGUGUGUGAGCCAAAGCACCGUUCUACCGUGGGCAUUUUGAUCGGCCUGCCAUGGGCACUGGGUACCAUGUGGUGGGGCAUGAUGGCGUAUUUCAUUCGUGACUGGAGAUGGCUACAGCUGGCAGUGUCUCUCCCGACGCUGCUGGUCUUCCCGUUCUUGUACAUGCUGGACGAGUCCCCGCGUUGGCUCAUCGUCCGAGGGCACCACGAGAAGGCCCUGAAAGUCCUGCAGAAGGCCGCCCGAUGGAACAAAGCGACCUUACCGCCUCCGAGUAACCUAUACGCUCUCAUGUCUGACAUUCAGGAGGAGUCCACAACAGCGAAGCACAAACCUAAAGCAGGAGACAAAAGUAAGAAAUGCAGAUUCCUCAGCGCGCCUGCUUUACUCAGCACCCGCGAGAUCGCCACCAUCACGGCCGCCGUCUGCCUGGACUUCUUCGCCGUGUCCCUGGUGUUCGACGGCCUCAACCUCAGCGGCGCCAACUUCAGCGCCGACCCCUUCCUCUACAUCAUCCUCGGGGGCCUGAUGGAGGUGCCCGGGUACUCGCUGACGGCGCCCCUCAUACAGCGCUGCGGCAGGAGGUGGCCCACGUCCGCCAGCUACCUGAUCUGCGGCGUCUUCAUCCUCGCGCUUGCUUUUAUUCCUACUGACGUCUCCUGGCUGGUGAUGACGCUGGCCAUGUCGGGGAAACUCUGCAUCAGCGGCGCCUACCAGAUCGUGUACGUCUAUUCGACCGAACUCUUCCCGACGGAGGUGCGGUCGCAGGGCAUCGGGGCAGCGAGUGUGUUUGCCCAACUCGCGUCUACCAUUUCUCCGUAUAUCGCGUCGUUCCUGGGCCCCAUUCUCCCCUGGGUACCGUCCCUCGUGUUCGGAGGAGCUUCCCUGGUCGCCGGCUUAGGGACGCUCGCCCUCAGGGAGACUCUGGGCGUGCCACUGCCAGACACCAUCACGGAUCUGACGGCGGCGAGGAGCAAGAGCAGAUCUGACGAAGGGGACUCAAAGGAAAUGGAGAUAAUUGACGUAAAGGCUUGAAGAAGGAGAAGAAGAAGGAGAAGAAAAAUACGACGGCGAAGAAGAAAGAGAAAAAAAAAACGAAGAAAAUGGUAAUUGAUACAAAUACGACUUUUUUUUAUUUUUUGAACGCGACAGGGAGGAAAACGGGUAAAAGAAUUUUCGUUCAUAGGGACCAUGUAUAUAAUAUGUAAAGCAGAGAGAAUCAGAGUUUUUUUUGUAUGGGAUAGAAAGAUGUAUGAAUAUUAAUUAUGUGACUUUUAAACUUUCACUCGUUUUUCUCUUCAAUCUAUCUAUGUUUAUAUGUUUAAUUUAGCUCUCUAGUAAGCUAUCUAAUUAGAUUAAUUAUCUGCCUACUUACAUAUCCACUUCUUUAUCUAAUUAUCUAUGAAUCAAAUUAUCAGUCUGAUUACCUUUUGUUUACAGAAUCUAUUAUCUACCUAUGAUAGACUGCUUUGAAACUAAUAGAAAUACUUAAUGGUUUUUAUAAGGAAUUGAAUACGUUUUAUUCCAUUCACAAGAUUCUUUAAGAAAAUUGUAUACAGUGCAAAAUAUUUUUUACAGAUGC